CUAUCACAAAGUUUCGGCUUUUUCGAAAGUCAAACACAACCAAAGCCACUUUCCCUUCGGUGUUAAAUCCCAGUUUGCUGAUCGUCCUCCCUCCUCGACCAAUCCCGAGUUCAAUUCAUCCAGAUGGGUCUCAGCGAUUGGGGCAAGUACUUGGAGGAGGAGUCUUACCCAGUUCCCAGAGACUUCUUGGUUCUUCCCUUGUUUGUUCUCCUCUUCCCUUCUCUUAGGCUCGUCCUUGACGUUUUCGUAUUUGAGAGAUUAGCGAGAUGUCUUAUGUCUGGAAAGGAACAGAAGAAAGUCGAGACACAUGAAGAGCAGAGAAAAGUUAAUAAAUUUAAAGAGUCGGCAUGGAAGUGCCUAUACUUUUUUUCUGCUGAGGCUUUGGCCCUUUCCAUAACAUACAAUGAGCCUUGGUUCUCAAACACAAAACACUUUUGGGUCGGGCCUGGCGAUCAGGUUUGGCCUGAGCAGAAAACUAAAUUAAAAUUGAAGGCACUCUACAUGUUUUCUGCUGGGUUUUACAUGUACUCCAGCUUUGCUUUGGUGUUUUGGGAAACAAGGCGUUCUGACUUUUGGGCAUCUAUGGCUCAUCAUAUAGCAACAACAAUAUUGAUUGUGUUUUCUUACAUGGCGAGGUUUUGCCGAGUUGGCUCAAUCAUUUUAGCCCUUCAUGAAGGAUGUGAUGUGUUUUUAGAAAUAGCAAAAAUGUCAAAAUAUUGUGGCUUUGAACUAAUUGCCAGCGUCUCCUUUGUUAUGUUUGUUCUAUCUUGGACAAUUCUACGUCUUAUCUACUUCCCCUUCUGGAUAAUUUGGAGUACCAGCUAUGAAUCCCUUUUGAACUUGGACAAGGAAAAGCACAUGGUGGAUGGAUCUAUAUACUAUUACUUGUUUAAUACUCUUCUAAUUUGCUUGCUCAUUCUUCAUAUCUAUUGGUGGAAGUUGAUGGCCUGGAUGCUCAUAAAGCAAAUCCGCUCAUGGGGGAAACUUGAUGAUGAUGUUCGAUCUGAUUCUGAAGAUGAUGAUGAUGAGCAUGAUGAUUGACAAUACGAAGAUGGUUUUAAACGUGAGGGACCUUUGUAUCUCAAGGUUAUAUUGAAAGAAUAAUCACCACGGUUUCUAGCCUUUUAGCCAAUCUAUAUGGUGUUUAAUUUCGUUCUCCAUGCAGAUUGAAUAUUAUACAGCAAGUGAAUCUGUAUAUUCAGAUAUCAUACAUACAGGUUAGGUUUGUUCCAAGACUUGUCCUUAU